AGUUUGCGGGCGAUCCGUUCCCGUGAACUCCGGUACCGGCGGCUACAACUGUACGACCGUCCAGGAAAUACUUCAUACAGUAUCAAUACGUCAAGAUGAGUUGCAGUUCACAGUCGCAGCAAAUCAGGAGACUGUUUCCUCCGAGCUUACUGAUACUAAACGUACAGUCGAGGAAUUGCAGAACACAGUCUCAGCGGUCUCCUCGGAGGUACAGGGUUUAAGACGACAGCUUGAUGAUCUUCAAGUGUCUGUUUCUAACUUGGUUGAAUUCCUUCAUGUUAGACUUGCCCCUCCAAAUGAUUGUUCCGAGACUCUUGCGAGGGGUGAAUUGAUCAGUGGCGUGUACUCGGUACAACCUCUAGACUCCGGUGAAGCUUUCCAGGUAUACUGUGAUAUGGAAACAGACGGUGGUGGAUGGACGGUUUUCCAGCGGCGUCAGGACGGCAGUGUAGAUUUCUAUUUGGACUUUGCCAACUACAGCCGGGGCUUUGGGAAUCUAGAGGGAGAGUUUUGGCUGGGUAACGACAACUUGCACCGUCUGACUGCUCAGGGCGAGUACGAACUCCGCGUAGAUCUCACAGGCUUCGACGACGAUACCGGCUUUGCUAUUUAUGGCUCGUUCAGCAUCGCCGAUGUGAGCGAUAACUACCGGCUGAUGGUAGGAAGUUACUCUGGAACCGCAGGAGACGCGUUAUCACCCCACAAUAACCGGCCCUUUACGACCAAAGACCGAGACAACGAUGCCCAUAGUAAUUCUAACUGUGCUGAGCGUUUUCACGGAGCAUGGUGGUACACGUACUGCUACGCCUCCAAUUUGAACGGGAGAUACUUCAAUGAGGCCACUACGAACACAGAAGGAAUUAAUUGGUAUGGCUUUUCGGGUUACCGCUCACUCAAAACAACUGAGAUGAAGAUUAGAAGGAAAGUUUAGUCCUUAAUUAAGAUGGAUACCAUUUUAAAAAGGUAUGCAGUAAUAAACAUCUCCUCAUAAAUCACCUUAUCGCUUCACCUUAUUAAGUUUCUCGUAAAUUUUUAAACAAAAAUAAUUAAACCUGUACUUUGAAACCUAAAAAUGGAAAACAUGGAAAACAAUUUAAUGUGAAUUAACUUUUAAUGCAAUGGAUUAAAUGAGACAUGUAUAAAAAUCGUGACAUCGGGUAGCUAAAAUAGUUGCAGAAAGUAACUAAUAAGGAAUGUCACUUUAAACCCAAUACGACCAGUAUAGUAUGUAAGACUUCCAAGUACAAACGCAUUGCUUAUAAAACUCUCAAGAUACCCUUCUAAUAUAACCCGUUCUAAAUCCGACUCGUAUAAUGAGAGUGGAUGCUAGUGUUUUUAUAAACAAUGCGGUGGCUUGUUGAAUCAAAUACAAUAUUUUAUUUUGUAAAUUUUGUCAUGAAAGAUCUGCUAUUGUAAGUUGUUCACAUAGAAUUUAGAUAUAUACGAACAUUAAAAAGGGCUUAAUACGGUUCCAUACUAAAUCGACGCCUUUUUAAAGGCAGUGGACACUAUUGGUAAUUACUCCAAAUAGUUAUUAGCAUAAAACCUUGGUAACGAGUAAUGA